AUGGUGAUCAACUCGAAAAAGUUUUACAUCUGCGAGAAGAAUGCAGUUGAGUGUGCGUCAACAUCGGAAGGCAAUUCAAAAGCAAACGACUUCAAAAUAUUAAUCGCUUGCACGGCGGACAACAACAAGGGCUCUUAUGUGACGGUUCAAUACAGUUUCAGAUGCAAUAGAAUUCCAAUUUGGUGUACGUUUUGGACAAUAAAGUUAUAUCUCCAGCGUGUGAUACCAAUGUUUUUGAGCACGGCUGAGCAGGCCUGUGAAAAUUACAAAGACUUCUUGAUGAAAGAGGAAAAUCCGAUAUCUUCAAUAAAUACAAAUUACAAAUAA